GUCUUCCCCUUCCAACGGGAUAGAGAUCAAGAAGGAGGAUGUCCUGGACGGCGCCGCGUUCUCCAUGGAGCCCGGGCCGGCGGCGGAGGAGGAGGCGGUGAAGAGCGAGGUGGCCCUGUACACGCUGGCCUUCUCCCCGGAGCACGUCGCCUGUGUGUGCGAGGCUCUGCAGCAAGGCGGCGACCUGGACAGGCUGGCCCGGUUCCUGUGGUCUCUGCCCCAGAGCGAGCUGCUACGUGGCAACGAGAGCAUCCUGAAAGCCCGGGCGCUGGUGGCCUUCCAUCAGGGCCGCUACCAGGAGCUCUUCUCCGUCCUGGAGAGCCACAACUUCGAGGCGGCCAACCACGCCGCCCUCCAGGACCUGUGGUACAAGGCGCGCUACAACGAGGCGGAGCGGGCCCGGGGCAGACCGCUGGGGCGGUGGACAAGUACCGGCUCCGCAGGAAGUUCCCUCUCCCCCGCACCAUCUGGGACGGAGAGGAGACCGUCUACUGCUUCAAGGAGAAGUCCCGCAACGCCCUCAAAGAGCUCUACAAACACAACCGCUACCCGUCCCCCGCCGCCAAGAGGAACCUGGCCAAGAUCACCGGCCUCUCCCUCACCCAGGUCAGCAACUGGUUCAAGAACCGCCGCCAGCGGGACCGCAACCCGUCCGAGGCGCACUCCAAGAGUGAGUCAGAUGGGAACCACAGCACUGAAGAUGAAUCAAGCAAAGGUCACGAUGAUCUCUCCCCAAAUCCCCUCUCCAACAGUUCGGAUGGGAUUUCCAACUUAAACCUUCCCACUCAAGCUGACACUGUGUACAUGCAACAAAUUGGUAAUAAAAUCUCACUGAGCUCCCCUGGAGUGCUGUUGAAUGGAAGCUUGGUGCCCUCCAAUCCUUCAUCUGUCUUCCUAAAUGGGGGUUCAUUUAUUCAAGGACCCAAUGGAGUGCUCCUUAAUGGUAUCAACGUGGCAAACUCACAAACUGUGGCUCUCAACCCAGCAAAACUGGGCCCCACCAUUGUAAGCAACGGUGUCCCGAACUCUGAUCUUUUGGUGUCUUCCUCUGAGGAUGUCAAAGUUAUACAAACUGGUCUCUCAGAUUCCUCAACAUACACUACAAACCUCCAGUCCUCUUUCCCGGGGUUAAUACCUCCAUCUGAAAUUAAGACUGAGGCUAUCCAGCCUGUCACCUCUCAUGAUGGCGGAACAGUUGUUACAUUCACUACUCCCAUACAGAUAAAUCCCUAUGGCAUUGUGCAAAUACCCAAUUCAGGAACAAAUGCUCAGUUAAUAAAUGGAAGUAUUGGAUUCUCUACACUCCAGCUACCCUCUGUCGCUGUCUCUCAAGGAGAUGAAGGGAUAGAUGAACAGAGCCAGCCGGUGCCCUUAACAGGCAAAUGUCUUGAAGAUAUGCAUCAACGUGCACCAUCCCCACUAUACCCAAAAGCCAAGCCCUUUCCACACUGCUCCUUAAAGCAAGAGAAUAUGACAUUUUGCCAUUCUGAGUGCAUGGAAACAACUGUGGAUGAGGACCAGCUUGCUUUAUCGUGUGCCUCAUAUGUUGAGGAAAUAAGUCAUGCAAAUUUAGAGCAUGCAAAUGCUAAAGAGCCCAUGAUAGCCCAUAUAACAGGCAGCAUGCCAUCCAGUUUUCCUCCAAGUAUUGAUGAAUCCAUUCAGGGACAGAUGACUAUAGCCGAGGUGUCAUCGAAUAGCUUAUAUGAAUCGGACCUUUAUCUGGCUGAACACGAUUCUUCUCCAGACAGCCAAGCCUCCAGCCAACAUGAACGACCUAAAGUGAGAAAAAAAAAGAAAUACAGGCGGCGUCCUUUGUUGGUGUCCGAAUCAAAUAAACGUAUGAACUUUCAAACUACUCAGAUGUUUGAGAUAUCUCCUGAGGAAUGUGCAUGCAGAGCCCAGUGUACCUCCAGGGGACCAUUUUCAUGUGUUGACCAAAGAUUAAGAGAUCUUUGUGAACUCCAGAGGAGCAUGGCUACUGACCUGCGAGGUUUACGUGGGGAGAUGGCCAACAUUGGUGUGAUACUGGGAAAAAUGCUGGAACUUCUUGAGAAAUCUUCAGCUGCCAAUACUGGGGUAACAGAGAAGCUUCCACAUGAAAGAAACUGA